AUGAACUCUUCGGACGAUGCUAGUAACACCUCCAAUGCCCGUGGGAGCUCUUCGAACUCCUUGCCGCCUCGCCCCAGUGACCGCCGUGGCUUCGAGAUAGCUAUCAUUUGCGCCUUGACCCUUGAAGCAGAUGCUAUCGAAGCCUUGUUCGAUCAUCACUGGGAAGACGACGGCCUACCUUUUGAUAAGGACCCAGGCGACCCUAAUGCCUACUCAACUGGCGUCAUCGGCCGUUUCAAUGUUGUCCUCGCAUACAUGCCUGGAAUGGGCAAAGUCAAUGCCGCCACCGUCGCUGCCAACUGCGGGAAAAGCUUUCCAAAUAUCAAGCUUGCUCUCGUUGUCGGCAUCUGUGGUGUCGUUCCUUUCAGCCCUACCAAAGACGAGAUAAUUUUGGGCGAUGUCAUCAUCAGCAAUGGUGUUAUCCAGUAUGACUUUGGCCGACAGUUUCCCGAGCGCCUGGUCCGUAAAGAUACGUUACUAGACGUCCCUGGCAGACCCAACCUGGAGAUUCGGGGAGCCUUAGCAAAGCUCAAGGGAAUCCGACACCGCCGCCAGCUGAGCGCCAAGAUUGAGAGCUUCCUGGAUGUUCUCCGUCAGGAUCCAGAACUUCAUGCUGAGUAUCCUGGGUCUACAGAAGAUAAGCUAUUCAAGGCUACCUAUCGCCACGCGGAUGAUCAGAGGUCAUGUGAGCAGGCUGGAUGUAAAGGCAACCUGGUGAAGAGAAACCGCCUAUCGACUACAGAUGUCCCUCUGAGGCCAGUUGUCCACUUUGGGUUGAUGGCCUCUGGGGAUGCAGUGAUGAAGUCUGGCGAAGAUCGUGACCGUAUUGCCUUAAAAGAAGAAGUUAUUGCCUUUGAGAUAGAGGGAGCUGGUGUCUGGGAUAGCUUCCCAUGUAUUAUUAUUAAAAGCGGCUGUGACUAUGCUGAUAGUCACAAGAGCAAGGUGUGGCAACGAUAUGCGGCAGCCACGGCUGCAGCUUGUGCGAAGGCUUUCCUGGGCUUCUGGGUUCCGUCGCUUACCCCUGGUACGUCGCAUCAAGCCUCUGAUGGUGAAACUGGCAGGAACAAGAACUUCACAGGCCGCGAGGGGAAAAUCGCUGAGCUUCAGAAACUUCUGUUUGCUGAUCCGAAUGGCCGACGGGUCGCCUUAGUCGGUUUGGGCGGCGUUGGAAAGACGCAAAUUGCUCUUCAGCUUGCACAUCUUAUGAAGAAAGAAGCACACACAGCCCGUAGCUACUCCGUCAUAUGGAUGCCCGCGUUGAGCAUGGCAAGUUUCGAACAGGCGUGUAGUAAGAUGAUUAGUGAGUUUGGUAUCAAGCAGACCAAUGAGGAGAAUGCCAAAGAAACAUUCAGGAAGUAUCUGAGUUCAGAAAAAACUGGAAAGUGGUUUCUCAUCAUCGAUAACGCAGAUACUAUUGAGACUCUAUAUGGAACAGCUGAGGCCCCGGGAGGCAUUGACGAGUUCAUACCAGACUCCGAGCAUGGUUAUAUUCUGUAUACAACCCGAUCGCGUGAAGUUGCCGUUAGCGUGGCACACAAUAAUGUCGUCAAUCUGUCAGAAAUGGAUGAUGGGGAUGCGAAGGCCCUCUUGCAGGGUUCAUUGGUUGAAAAGGACCAAAUGCGGGAUACAGAUCUGAUCGACAAGCUCCUACAGAAGCUCGCCUAUCUACCGCUUGCCAUUGCACAAGCCUCAGCAUACAUGAAGAUCAAUGAGAUCUCAGUCAAGGAAUAUCUCCGCCUGCUCCAAAACACCGACCAGGAUAUGGUAGAACUGCUGAGUUGUGGGUUUCGUGAUAGGACUUACUACCACUCUUCUCAAGGAGCCAUUGCAACCACCUGGAUUCUGUCUUUCAAGCAAAUCCGCGCUCUCAAUGAAGACGCUGCGAUAAUACUCUCUAGCACGGCCUAUCUUGAACCGAAAGCCAUACCUCGUACCUUAUUACCGCCUCUGGGCUCUGAACAAAGGAUGGCUAGUGCUAUUGGUACGCUCUGCGGAUAUAGCUUCUUGAAUAAACGAGAAGAUGGCGAUACGUUCGACAUGCAUAGUAUCGUGCACCUUGUAAUACAAAGAUGGAAUGAACAAGAGGAACUUGACGCACUGACACGACAGGUGGCAUUCGCUCGUGUUGCUGCGGUUUUCCCAAACUGCGGCUGGGAAAACCCAAGCACUGAUGGUAUCAAUGCUAGAGAUCGAUGCCUACUUGGAGUAAAGGCUGGACAAUGCUUGAGCUGUGACGGACAGAAAAGACAGGCAAUACACAUCCUUGAGGCUGUUGCUGAGGUCCAGAGGACAACGUUAGAAGAAAAUGACCGUGUUCGACUGGCGGUAUGUCUAUGGCUUGCAGGGGCAUACCGAGAGAAUCAGCAGUCAAAACAGGCUACGGAACUGCUUGAGCAUGUGGUUGAAGUGACAGCAGACUUCAAAGAGAAUGACCCAGAUCGGCUGGAAUCACAGCAUGAGCUUGGAUUGGCAUAUGGAUGCAACGGGCAGAUGAAACAGGCGAUUGAACUGCUUGAGCAUGUGGUUGAGAUUAGAGGAAAGCAAAGAAUCACCCAGAUCAGCUGGCAUCAAAACAUCUACUCGCAGUAG